AUGAAAGCAACAGGAACACCACCAUCACUACCAGUAGUUCGUUUUCAACGUCGGCCAAGCUUAGGAACAUCGAUAGCGCGAGCUAUGAUAUCGAUGAGUCCGGACGUUGCUACAUUUGAUAGAAGUAGUGAAAAAUCGUCAAGUUUGAGCAUAAAAUUAUGUGAAUCCCUUGAAUCAUCUGUUUCGGGCACAUCCUGUUUUUCUCGGUCGACCGCUCUAAGUCAUGUAACAGGUAGUAGUUCAACAUUACAUUCGAUAUCGGAGCAAAUCACAUCGCCAACUUCUCCAGACUAUCAGACAUCACAAUUUAGUGCACUUGAAAUACCGAAUGAAUUAAAUUCAAUUUUCAAUCGACUUGAUGCUUGGCAAGAGCCACAUAGCGAACAAAACAUUACUGAAACUUCACGAUCGACAAAUGUUAUUCCUUCCGAAAAGCAUGUACUUCCAGCAAGCAAUACUUCAGAAACAUCUUCGUUUAUGAAAUAUAUUCAAGAAAAUACUAAUCUUUGCAUGAAAUGGGAUCGUAUAUUAAACCCAAUCAAAGAGCCAUUUACAAAAAAUAUAAAUGAUCAAGAACAUAUUCAAUUAGCAGUAACCUUAUUUAAAUUAAUUUUACGUUUUAUAAAUACAUCGGAGCAUGAUGCCAAAAAAGAUCGAGCAUUAGGUGAUUAUAUCGUACAAAUGGGUUUAAUGAAUGAAAUUCUACGUGAUGAAAUCCUAAUUCAAAUAAUAAAUCAAACGUGGAAUAAUAUUGAUUUAAUUAAAUUAGAUAAAGCCUGGCUUUUAAUGUUUAAUUGUAUUGGCUGUUUUUCACCGUCACCAAAAUUUCAUAAAUAUUUAUUCAAAUUUGUGUCAGAAGAAAAUCCAUCAAUUAAUGAAUUAGGCAAACGAAAAUUAUUAGCAGCAGCUUCUACUGAUGCUUCAAGAACAUAUCCAUCAACACAAUUGGAAUGGUCAGCUAAUAAGCAUUCGGCUCCAAUGGCACUUCAAGCAGAAUUUUAUGAUACUUUUCAAGCGAUGGGUGAAGUUGAAUCAUGGAUGACCGGCGAACAAUUUGCCUAUGAAUUGGUAUCAUCACGUGGUAUACUAAAAGAUAAUUGUUCCGGAUGGACUGUACUAUUAGACGAUAAUGAUAAUGAAAUAGAACUUAUGGGACAUGAUUAUGUCCUUGAUUUGAUUGGUGAAUUAGAAGUUCCUCCGUGUUCACCAGUUUGUAAAUCAUUUUUUCUUGUUCAUGAUGGUUAUGAUCGUUCAUCAAAAUGCAAAAAGCGUCGUCAUAAUCGUACAACAGUCAGAUCGAAAGAAUGGUUUUUAAAAGUCGAUAAUUCUCGUUCAAGUCGUUUAUCAAAAACUGGUCGAACUAUUUCAUCAUCAAAUAAUUCAUCGCCAUACAAAUAUCCGAGACGUUUCAGUAGUGUUGAUCAACAUGAGACUGAAAAAAGUUAUGCUAAACAUCAUUCGCCUGUUUAUCAUGAUUUGAUGAGUAAAAAAUCGAAUUCCUCCAUAUCAUCAUUUGAAAGUCAUGCUGAACCUCAGACGUUUCCACCACCACCACCGACUAUAAAAGAUCUGUUAAAAGCUGAUGCACACAGCGUAUAUUCAAUGACAGAUGGUCCAGAACAAGAAGCAGAAGAAGAAGAAGAAAAAGAAGAAAUUCCUAUACAGAAAACUGAAAUAAAUAAAGUGGCGCAUCAAGAAACACCACCAUUACCACCAUUGCCAUCAUCGUCACGGUCGGGUAAAGAAAAACCAAAAAUUGAUGAUGAAAUAAAACCUGUUGAAAAAAGAGUGCAACUAAGUAAUCAAUCGUCAAUAGGUAAAACAACAAAUCCAAAAUCGAGACAAUCCUUAACAAAUGAACGUAAAGGUUCAAUACGUAAAACAAAUACGUUUACAUCAUCAUCACAUUCUAUGGUUGAUCCAGGAUGUGGUGGACAUAUUAUGUCCAAGAUACCUGCUUUACGUUGUUUCCGUUCAACAAAGCAACAUCAUUAUGCACAAAAAUCUCAUAAAACGCCAUCAUUACCUCCACCACCAACACGUACUGUUAGUGAAUAUAAUGGUGUAGAUAAUCCAGCAUUAUUAUAUGGAGAAUUUUCUGGUGGUUCAGAUAUACCAGCAAAUUUAAAUCAAUAUGAAAAAAUUGGUUCAUCUAUUCAACAUAGAACAAAAGUUAAUGGUCAUAAUGAUGAGUAUCACCUAUCAAGUGUCUAUUCGGAUGGAGAUGCUCAUCCUGAUCUAACUGAAUAUGAACCUGAUGAUGUACAACUAAGAAGAAAUUCACCAACAAAAGAUAUUACAAAAUCAGGAACUAAAUUUGUAAAAAACAAAAUGGUACGGCCAAAAGCAGGAGGAUAUCCACAAGCUAAAAAACAAGGAAAUACCAUAUUUGAUUCCGAAUCGAUUGCUACUAUCACUGAUCUUCCAUUGCCAUGUCAUAAAUCUGACGUUGAAGCAUUUCUUGAUGAUCUCUUCGAUCGUGCACUUGAUCCAAAAAAUUUAGGAAAGAAAAUCAAUAAAACAAAAGCACUGUCAACACUGGAUCAACAUCGUUUACAAAUGAUAUCCAAUAGUCGCAUUGAUCCAUCAGCGCGUCGCAGUGGCCUAGCAACUUUACUGAAUAAAAAUCAUCCACAGAAAAAAUCAACAAUUCGUUCAUCGAAUGUCCAGGAGCAAAAAGGACCAAAAAAGAAAGCAAAACAAGAAAAAAAAGAAAGUUCAGAACAAAAAAAAACUCAGAAAACAAAGAAAAAACGUAUUCAACAAUUAAAUACAAACAACAAUAAUAAUACAGCACUAACAGAUCAAAGCCUUUCGUCGUUUACAAGUGAAAAUAAAUUUAUUCUCCCUCAAAUUGGCUAUUCAAGUCGAACGGAAACGGAUGACACAAGUGAUUAUAUCAAAUUUAUUGAAAAACCGAAGCAUCGUGUUUUCUAUCGUCAACCAAGUGGACUUCGUCGUACUCAACGAUUUGAUCGAAUACGUCAACCCUCUUCUACUAACUAUAAAAAAAAUAUAAAACUUAUUCCAAUCAAUCCGUCUGUAUGCUUUGCCACAACAUCAUCGAAUACGAAACCAAAUGAAUUACUAGAAUCCACUAGCCCUAAUGGACCUGUUUUUGUACCAGUUAUUAACAUCAGUGGGAAGAAAUAUCUCCCAGUCUACUUAAAAUCAUCAACCAAUGAUAGCAAUCCGACAGAUCAAACAAACCAAUCUGACUCAAUGCCCUAUAAUCCAGAAAAAUAUAUUUCACAAAUAAUAUCUCCUAACCAAUUAAAUACGUCGAAACAAACGCCAACUAUAAUCGAAGAAAAUGAAGUUGAAACACAAUCAAAUCCAUCUCCCAUAGCACCAAAAAAAGCCAAUAUUCAAGUCGAACGUCUUUCAAUGUCACAAUUAGAUUUAGUAUCCACACGUAAUGAUCAAUCAAAAAAACAGCCGGUCUCAAAAGAAAAUUCAGUAACAAGCAAUAAUCGACUUGCAAUCAAAGUUACAUCAAAUGUAAUCACACGGCGUUCUCCUGAAUCUCAAAAAUAUCUACGAGCCAAAACAGUGCGAAUAGGUAAAAUUCGUUGGCCACCACCACUCAAUGCAGAAGAAUUAGAUAAUGCUAAUCAGCAAAGACGUAUGCUGGUACAGCGUCGUAUCCAAGAAGAAAUUCAUGGCAAUAAAACAAUCCAAAAAGAGAUAAAACAAUCCAUGAAUAUCAUUUCAAGCAAUGAAACUUCACCAACAUCUCUAGAUACUUCUCAACGUUCUCAAAGUGCUCACAAUAUAAAACAAUUAACUGUGGAGUCAAAAAGUCAGAACACUAGACGUUCACAGUCGGACGACAAAGUCCCAUCAUCACCAGCGAAUGAUCAGCCGAGAAAAUCUUCGUUAACCAAUACGUCAGUUGAUCGUGUAUCACACUUGUCAGAUAAUGUUGAAGAUGAUGAUCCAUCGACAGGUGAACUUGUUGUUCGAAAUCAAUCACCAAAACAAGAAUUUCAUAAGACAAUGACACCAAUGAUUGGAAAAGAAAAUUUUGAGCUUCGCAAAAAACUAUUUGAACAUACUGAUGAGCCAUCAUUUGCAGAAGUCGGUCCUACUGUCAUCGAUGUAGUAAAUGUGUCAAAUAGAGCUCCAUCGCUGCCAACACGUGGCUUUUUAACUUAUCACAAUAUUCCAUGGAAAUUAAAAAUUCGAAAAGAGGUUUUUUCACCGAUCGAACCAUUUGAUCAACCACUUCUAAUUGAUUUACUAUAUCUACAAAUUGUAUAUGAUACAUUCUCAGCAAUAUGCAUUCGUAUAAGCGAAUCAGAACGAACGAAUAUGAAAACAUUUCUAUCAUCACAUGAUGUUCGAGUCAUUGAUGACAUAAAUUUAAUCAAUAAAUUAACAAUCAAAAAAGCAAUUAUUGAACAGGCACGACAAUGGGCAACAUACUUUUGUCGAUUUUUUCCUGUCUCUAUACCUAAAUUUCACUCUGGCGAAAUACAAAUGCUAGGUGUUUCGCAUUCAGGUGUUCGAUUUAUUAAACGAAUUCGAACAAAAAACAAAUCGGAUACUCUACAAGUACUUGAAACAUGUCCAUUUGAUACUUUGCAACAACUUUCACCAAUCCGUAAUGGUUCUACGAUUGAUUUACGCGUAGGAAAAAAACGAAUCACCGUACAUUCACACCGAAAAAAUCACUAUGAAAAAGUAUCACCACAUUUAAUAUCAAAUACAAGUGAUUUAUUGAAAUCGUCAAGCCAAUGUAGUUUUGUGAGUUGCAGUCAAACAUUCAGUGAACUUAUUCCAUCGACUUCAUUUGACAUGCAUACACCAAAACCAACACAGAAUGAUGUCAUUUUCCCAAAUCUAUCUACCUUGCCGGGUGGAUAUUCUAUGAUAGAAUUUGCAUUAAAAAAUUUUCAUGUUCCAAGCAGACGGCAAUCCAAGAAAACGUCGAAGAAUUCAGAAUGCACAUGGCAAGAUUAUAAUGAAUUGCUUAAAUGGUCAAAACAUCCAAUUCAGUCACCACUCCUUCGUCAUGGGCCAAACGAUAUAAAUCGUACUGUUCGACAAGCUUUUAUUGCCAUUAUGCGAUUUAUGGGCGAUCAUGCGAUGUCACGGGGCCAAACUGAUACCGAUUGUCUAUAUUAUCUUCUAAAACAUAUGAACAAAAAUCGAGCAUUAAUUGAUGAAAUUAUGUGUCAAAUCAUCAAACAAUUAACAGAUAAUAAAAGUGCAAAGCAAGAUAGUAUGCAACUCGGAUGGAAGUUACUUGCGAUUGUACUUAAUUAUUUCAUUCCAAGUGAAAAUCUAAGACCGUAUUUUAUUAAAUAUCUUAAUGAUAAUAUAAUUCAAAAUGAAAAAUUAGUUCAACUAUGUUUGAAUCAUUAUGAACAAACAUUGAAAUAUGGUGGCAGAAAAAAUAUGCCAAGUAAAGUGGAAAUCGAUCUACUUGCAGCUAGUGGUCGACACGGAGGCAAACGUCAAAUAUUUCUAUUACCAGGAGGAGUCCCAUUGACUCUCAAGACGACAUCAUCGACGGUGAUUGCUGAUUGUCUAAAUCUCGUAUGUGAACAGUUGCAUAUGCCGAAUAGUUUAGAAUAUGAUGAAUAUUCUAUUUUUAUUAUCAGUACUACGGAAAAUCCAUCACGUUUAUUGAAUCCAAAUGAAUAUCUAUUUGAUAUUCUUAGUGAAUGUGUUGAAUCAAAGAUGACUGAUUAUUAUUUAAUUAUAAAGCGUAUGCUUUGGUUUAAUAUUCCUAUGAUAUUCGAUAAUAAUGACAAAUCCGAAAUGUUUAUCAAUUUCAUGUAUCAUCAACUUGUGCCAGAAUUAUUUGAAGGUACCAUGAUUGCUAUCAAAGACAAUCAUAUAUCGGAUGAUCUUAUGCAUCAAUUAGCACUGAUGGCUGCUCUACAUUAUCGUGCUUCGAAUAAGAUUGGUCUUCCUUCAAUGCGAGAAGUAAAACAUCUACUUCCAGCUACUGUACUCAAGUUGAAAAAUAUUCGUCCUCAGGUAUGGACAACAACAGUGCACGAAGAACUUUAUUCAUCGGUCGAAGCGAUGACAACAAUGGAAGCGAAAUUAAAAUUUCUAACUGUUAUUCAAGCAUCGUCUCUUUUUGGUGUGACAUUUUUCCCCGCUCAGUCAGUAGAUGAUGCAUCAAUUCGAUCACCUUGUAUAAUUGGUAUUUCUAAAAGUGGAAUUUUAUUUCUUGAUAUAGAUACACGAGAAACUCUUUUUUCCAUACCCUACAACGAUGUGGUUUCAAUUCGUCGUCGUCAAAAUGCAAUCGAUGUUAAAUACGGCAGUUUGAAUCAACCUCGCCAUAUCCAAUGUCAAGUUGAUAGGGCGCAAGAUCUUGUUGCAUUAGCUGGACGCUAUUUGAGCUUUAUUGGCCGAAGUCUAGCAUCAGCGUUGGAGAGAAAGACUGAUUCUCAACAAUUUCAUAGACCAGGAUCCACAUCAUGCAAUGAUCCGACUAGUACAAUAUUGUAA